AUGGCCGACCCAAGCAAAAUCCAAGGCACUACCACACCCCAGAGCGCCGUUCUCCACAGGGACACUCGUUUCAUUCCCAAAAAGGCCAUCGGCGGCAAAGGCAGCUACAUCUUUCUCGAAGACGGCACCAAAUUCCUAGACUCGACCGGCGGCGCAGCCGUCUCGUGUCUAGGCCACGGCCAUGAGAAAGUCAGCCAGGCAGUGACCAAUCAGAUUAAACAACUCUCAUAUUGCCAUUCCGCGUUCUUUGGAACCAACGUAUCCGAAGAACUAGCGAGGUUCUUGACCGACUCGACGGCCGGGAAACUGUCGAAGCUAUACGUUGUCAGUUCGGGCUCCGAGGCCGUCGAAGCAGCCCUCAAACUAGCCCGCCAGUACUACCUCGAGCUCCCCACCCCACAGCCCCAGCGCACGAGAUUCAUCGCCCGAUCCCCCUCCUACCACGGCAUCACGCUGGGGGCCCUCGCAGCCGGCCGCCACGUUCUUCGCCGCGAACCCUUCGAGCCUCUCCUCGCGCAGAACACCUCGCAUGUCUCGCCUUGCUACGCCUACCGAGGCAAGAAAGACGGCGAGUCCGACGCCGACUACGUGUCUAGGCUGGCGGCCGAGUUGGACGCGGAGUUCCAGCGCGUCGGACCGCAGAAUGUCUGCGCUUUUAUUGCGGAGCCGGUUGUUGGUGCUGCCCUCGGCGCCGUCCCCCCCGUCCCGGGAUACUUUGAGGCCAUGAAAUCCAUCUGCGAGAAGCACGGCGCACUUUUGAUUCUCGACGAGGUGAUGAGCGGGAUGGGUCGCACGGGGACGCUGCACGCGUGGGAGUCCGAGGCCGUGGUGCCGGACCUGCAAACGAUCGGGAAGGGCCUCGGUGGCGGAUACGUGCCCGUCUCGGGGGUCUUGAUCGGCGAGAAGAUCGUGCAGGCGCUGGAUCGCGGCUCCGGCGCUUUCCGCCACGGUCAGACCUACCAGGGACAUCCUGUUUCGUGUGCGGCGGCGCUGGCGGUGCAGAGGGUUAUCGAGGAGGAGGGGCUCUUGGAGAAUGUUAAAGUUAUGGGGAGGUAUUUGGAGGAGAGGUUGAAAGAGAGGGUUGGGGGGUGUGAGCAUGUGGGGGAUGUUAGGGGAAGGGGGUUAUUUUGGGGGAUUGAAUUCGUCAAAGACCGCACUACCAAAGAGCCCUUCCCGACGUCCGCGUCCGUGGCGGUUCAGAUCCAGGAAACAGGCUUGGAUCCGGCAUUUGGGAUCUCACUGUAUGCGUCGUCAGGCACGGUGGAUGGCACGCGCGGCGAUCAUGUUCUCCUGGCACCGCCGUAUAAUGUCACCAAGGAGGAGAUCGAUCUGAUUGUUGAGAAGACAGGUUUGGUGAUUGAGACUGUGUUCGCGAAGAUUGUGGCGGAGACAGCGUAGAAUGGAGGAAUUGAGAUGAGUGUGGGUUCGAGAGUUAUUCAUGUUAUUACCGCUAAGCUGAGUCGACUGAUAUAGUUAUGGUGGUAGUGAUUAUAAUUCAAGGCAAAAUAGAUACAGAUCCAU